UUUGAUGCUUUUCUAAUCUUGGGAUGAUGCACGAGGUUUGAAUGAUGUGAAUCUGGAGCAGUCGGAGGCGACCGGUUGACCAGAGCCACACAUACAUAUGAUGAUCCCAUUAUUAUUAUUAUUAUCCCGUCGUCGUGCUCUUCUUCUUCAGUCAUCUCCAUCCAUAAUCGUCAGUUCUCUCUGCUUUUUUCCUCCCCCUCCUUUUGCUUUCUGAUGGUGUGGCGUGCCGUGUUCUUGGAAGGAAACCUGGGUGUUAAUGAUGUUCUUCCGGGUACUCAUGUAAGAAUCCUGUUUGUCUGAGAGAGAGACAAUGGGGACAGCGGUGGUUCCAAGCUCCAUGGAAGUCUCAAUCCCGCUGGGUGAUCAGAAAGACGGCAGCUUCGUCGGCCGCCCGAACCCCAAAGGCUUGGACGCCGGAGCUCUCUUUGUUCUCAAAUCACAAGGAUCGUGGUGGCACUGUGGGUACCACUUGACCACGUCGAUAGUGGCGCCAGUGCUAUUGAGCAUACCCUUUGCAAUGAGCCUAUUGGGUUGGGUGGCCGGGACCAUGUGCCUGGCUGUUGGGGCUGCAGUCACGUUUUACUCUUACAACCUCCUCUCACUUGUCUUGGAGCAACAAGCUCAUCUUGGUCAACGCCAACUCCGAUUCCGUGACAUGGCCCACGAUAUUCUAGGACCCGCAUGGGGAAAGUAUUUUGUGGGACCUCUACAGUUCGCCAUAUGUUAUGGUGCUGUUGUUGCCUGCACUCUUUUAGGUGGACAGAGUCUCAAGUUCAUAUACUUGCUGUAUAGACCAGAUGGAAAAAUGCAGCUCUACCAAUUCAUCUCCAUGUUUGGUGGCCUAACUCUCUUCUUGGCACAACUCCCCUCCUUCCACUCCCUCAGGCACAUCAAUCUCGUCUCCCUCGUCCUCUGCCUUGCCUACAGCGCUUGCGCCUUGGGCGGCUCCAUCAACGUCGGCAACUCGGCGAACGCACCGCCAAAGGACUACUCCUUGGUCGGUAGCCGGGUUGACCGCCUUCUCGGUGCCUUCAACGGGAUCUCCAUCAUCUCCACCACUUACGCCAGCGGAAUUAUCCCUGAGAUCCAGGCGACACUAGCUCCUCCGGUGAAGGGCAAGAUGUUCAAGGGCCUGUCCGUAUGUUAUUCGGUCAUAGUGACCACAUAUUUCAGCGUUGGAAUCUCUGGGUAUUGGGCGUUUGGGAAUCAAUCCAAAGGAACUGUUCUCACCAAUUUCAUGGGUGAGACCAAGCCACUCCUUCCCACUUGGUUCCUCUUGAUGACCAACAUUUUCUGCCUCCUCCAAUUAUCAGCCGUCGCUGUGGUGUAUAUGCAACCGACCAAUGAAAGGUUUGAGAAGAAACUGGCGGACCCAAAGAUGGACCAGUUCUCGGCGCGCAACGUCGUGCCCAGGCUGAUCGCUCGGUCACUGUCGGUGGUGGUCGCAACCACGGUAGCCACGAUGUUGCCCUUCUUCGGGGACAUCAUGGCGCUGUUCGGUGCGUUCGGGUGCAUCCCCAUAGACUUCAUAUUGCCCAUGGUUCUCUAUAACGUGGCCUUCAAGCCCUCCAAGAGGAGCUUGAUAUUCUGGGUGAACACGACGAUCAUCGCCGUGUUCUCGGUGCUGGUGGUCAUCGGCGGAGUGGCAUCGGUUAGGCAGAUAGCUAUCGAUGCCAAGGCUUAUCGCUUGUUUGCUAACGUGUAGCGAUUAUAAUUGACGCACUAGUUGCUAUAAUGAUACGCGCAAUUAAAGUGUUUUCACAUUUCCUUAUC